CUAUCACAGUUCUCCUGGCAGCCAUCAUGAAGGGUACUGUCUCGAUUUGCUGUCUCCUCACCCUGCUGCUUUUGCAGGCCACAGCAGAGGUGGAAGAAUUUGAUUCUGUCCUAAGAGACAGAUCUCAUAUUGAUGAGACACUGCGGCUUGCAGCUGAGGAAAAAGCAGCAGACUAUGCCGCGGCUAUACAGAAGUUGCGGAAGAUCUACCAUACGUCCAUCAAACCAAUGGAGCAGGCCUACAAGUACAACGAGCUGAGGCAGCAUGAGAUUUCAGCAUACCCCGGACGAACCCUGGGUGACUCGGCCACAGAUGGAGAGAUUACCUCCAAGCCCAUGGUGCUGUUCCUUGGACCCUGGAGUGUAGGAAAGUCCUCAAUGAUCAAUUACCUCCUGGGCUUGCACGACAGCCCAUAUCAGCUUUACACAGGAGCUGAGCCCACUACCUCUGAGUUUACUGUUAUAAUGCAUGGGGAGAAAAUCCGCUCUGUAGAGGGUAUCGUCAUGGCAGCAGAUAGCUCUCGCUCAUUCUCUCCCCUUGAAAAGUUUGGCCAGAACUUCCUGGAAAAGCUAAUCGGCAUCGAGAUGCCUCACAAGCUGCUUGAACGCGUGACUUUUGUGGACACACCUGGAAUCAUAGAGAACCGAAAGCAGCAGGAAAGAGGUUAUCCUUUCAAUGAUGUCUGCCAGUGGUUCAUUGACCGAGCUGAUCUCAUCUUUGUUGUGUUUGACCCAACCAAACUGGAUGUUGGUCUUGAGCUCGAGAUGUUGUUCCGGCAGCUGAAAGGCCGGGAGUCACAGAUCCGCAUCAUCCUAAACAAGGCGGACAAUCUGGCCACGCAGGACUUAAUGAGAGUUUAUGGAGCACUCUUCUGGAGCUUGGCUCCACUUAUUAAUGUGACUGAGCCGCCUCGUGUCUACGUCAGCUCCUUCUGGCCGUAUGAUUAUGCCCCAGACACUAGUCGGGAACUCUUCAAGAAAGAGGAAAUCUCCCUCCUGGAGGAUCUUAACCAGGUGAUUGAGAACCGGAUGGAGAACAAGAUCGCCUUCAUCCGCCAACACGCCAUCCGUGUGCGCAUCCAUGCCCUGCUUGUGGACCGCUACGUCCAGACCUUCAAAGAGAAGAUGAGCUUCUUCAGUGACCCAGAAUUGGUCUUCCAGGAGAUUGUAGAUGAGCCGGACAAGUUUUACAUUUUCAAAUCGAUUCUAGCCAAGACCAACGUCAGCAAGUUUGACCUACCCAACCGGGAUGCUUACCGUGACUUCUUUGGCAUUAAUCCAAUCGCCAACUUCAAGUCCCUGGCAUCUCAAUGUUCGUACAUUGGAGGCUGCCUAUUGGAUAAGAUCGAGAAGGCAAUCACCAACGAGCUGCCCGCUCUCCUGAGCAGCAUUAACUCUGGCAAGCAGCCCGGCCUGUCAUCCUGUGAGGUCACUGGUUGUGGUGAGAAGCCAAAGAAUCGCUACCGAAAGAAUUGAGGAACAUAAAAUAACUUGUCAGGAGGAAGAAUGGAGACAGAGGAGGUGAAGAGAAAGGGGGGGUCUGGUGGGAGCCAGCCCUGCUUUUGUCUGGACAUUUGUAUUGUUGAGGAGAUAUGGUGAGGAUUAAUGUUUGGGGGUGGGGGGGUUUGUCCUCAGGAGAAUAAGCUGAUUUGAUAGUGGGAGAAGGAAGCCAUCGUUCGAUACGGCAGCUUAAGGACACUAAUGCUGGAGAAAUGAGAACAUGUCUCUGAUAUCAAAGUAUAUUAAAACAUACACCCUUCUCUCUCUUAUGGCACAAUAUUUCUGGACUGUCUCACACCAGUGGGUUGGGAGGAUACUAAUGCAAGAAAAUGGCUAUCAACCAGCGAGUUGACAUAAAAAUGAUGACCCCCGAUGAUACCAGUUCCCUUCUAUGUGAAUCAAACAAAAGGUGGAAACAGAUGUAUGUAUAGUAAAAAAUAUAUGAAUUGCAUUACAGCAGGUCAAUUCCAAACUCUUCAGAGGUUGUUUUUGAAGUAGCCUUUCUUGUGGGUGCUAUGCAAAAGCAUUUAUGUCUGUCUGAUCAAAUGAUUAUCUUUGCAUGUUAGACUUUCCAUUUUUAUCUACCAGUAUGUGUGCUUUUCUUCUGCCAUAAAGAAAAAAAACCCUCAUGCAGCAUCAAACCAACCACGCAUCAAACAAGGCCUUUUUUCUCUUAGCUUGGUAUGCUCAUCACUCUUGGUUUUUGAUGAUGAAGUAAGCAGAGGUCAGGGUUCAAGAGUCUUUGGAGCAGAGAGGAUUCAGUCUGCUACUCUUCUUAAAUAUCUUUUUUUAUUAUUUCUGAUUGUUUUGAAUCUUUAAACUGCCAGGUUUUGGCAGAAUUUUAAAAGUUUUUUUAGGCACAUUUUGCUUCUCAUUUUUGUUGCUGAUUCAUCACAAUAGAAGCCGAAGAAGAUGUGCUUGAGUUACAGCUGUCUUUUUUACAUUUACUCUGCUGUUUUCUCUGCACUUUUAAAAUAUAUAUAUUUAUUGUUUUUCUGUAUAUUUAUCCAUCCAUUGUCCUUCGCUGAUCCAAGACCAGUUCAUGUGGGUAACAGGUUCAAGAGGGGAACCUAAAUUACUUCUCCUAACAUUUUCUAGUUUGUUCCUGUGGGAUCUUAAGGUGAUCUCAGUCCAGGAAGGACAUACAGUGCUUCCAGUAAGUUUUUGGUCUCCUCCCAAAGAAAACAUCCAAGACCAAUGAGAAAUGCUCAAAGAAACAUCCAAAUAAUAUGGUCCAAACACUACAUCUGACUACUUUCAAUUUAAAGGAGCAGUGACUUUGCUUCCACCACAUGACUGGAUCUUCUUGGAACUCUCAACCAUUAUCUAUAACUCAGAGUUGAAAAUCUAGAGGGUUUUUUUAGCUGAUCCUUUUCUUCCACACCACAGAUUGGAGCAGUGGAGGCAUUACUGCAGACAAGGGUCCAGUCCAUCUUCUUAUUUCCCACUGUGUCUGACUUUCACCCACGAAAAAGACAUAGUGACACUUAAAUCACUCUACUUAAGGCAAGGAUUGAGCUACAACCCAAAGCAAGCAAUCAACCUCUUCUCCAGGUCUCAGACUUAAAGGAGCUAACACUCUUCUUGGCCACCGUACACUUUGCUGCUGACCAGACCAAUGCACGCUGAAAAUCUAAGCAGAACCAUAUCGUGUGCAAUAAGUAAUAUUUGUUCUACAAACACCUGACGCAGGACUGGUGACCAUGAGCCGCACUGGUUAAGUUCAGUAUGUAAUGGAAACAGGAGAAUACAAAAUAUAGCUUUUGCUUUGGUGAUACCCCCAUGAUCUCCACAAAAUACAUGACACAAGCUUUUUAGAGGUCCACAUAGCACAUGUAGACUGGACAACCUAACUCCUAUGACUCAUUUAGAAGCUCUACAAAGGUUAAAAAAAAUCUGUUCCUUUCUUCUGCAGUUUUCUGCUAAACUCUAAAUGUAGAUUUUCUAAAAUGUUACAAUUUGCGGAUUGAAUUGCUUGUAAAAUAGCCCAAAGCAGGGAAAUGCAAAACUGAAGAUUCAUGAAUUUAGCCCUGACCUCUAUGGAAACAAGAUAGAUUCUGACCUUGUAAUCCCAAGAACAUUGCAAAACUAUCGUGUUCAAGUACAAAUCCACUAGGCAGUAACAACCAUCUGAGAUUCAAGCAUAUUAUAUUCUGUUACCAACAGACUUAAGCUAUCUGAAGAACAAGUAAGACAAGCCUGUCUUACUUGGUAGGAGAGAAAAUCCAUGCUGUUUUAAAAAGCCUUCACAGUCUGUGAAAAACAAAAUCCUGAGUCCUGCAAGCGCUCUACACAGAAGGGAGCUGAGUGAGGAGACACAGGAACUUCCGGUUUACCUCACUAACAUCUUUUACUGCUUUCCACAUGCAUACUUUGAGGCAUGAUGCAAAGAACAGCAAAAAUAAAACUCGAACAAACCCGUUCAUAGGCGAGUGCUCUGGAUGUUGUCUUUAUACUGCAGAUCAGACACAUGGCCACCAGAGGGUGCUGUUUAAAAAAAAAGUAAAAGAGAAACAGCCUUGGGAAAUGCGCGCGGUUUAAGACAAAAGCUGGUUGUGCUUCUGACCUAUUUCGGUGUCAGUUAUAUUCACCUUUUAGACGAUGAAUGGAUGUGUGUCCUGUCGAAUAUAGUUGACGUUUCACCUUUUGGUAUAACACUGACAUUACCACUGGCCCAAGUUGUGGAUGUUUGACAGAAAAGAAUAAAAAAAUAUCUGAUUGA